CAGUCUUUGUAAAGAUCGAUCGAUGUCUUUUUACAAAGCACAGGGUCGUAAUUAUUUUUCUGUUUGACCUUACUUCUGUGUUUGUGCCCUUGGAAGAAAAAGAAACCAGCUUCAAUGGCGUCUUAUGCAGCUAUUGCUUCGCUUGUAGAAUUACUCAACGAUAUCUUGCAUCGCAGUCGAGAUCCAAAUCUUCUCCACGAAACCCACAAAACCACCCUCACAUCCCUCCUCCAAAAAUCCAUCCUUCUUUUCGAAUUAUUACAGGAUUAUUCCUCCAAAGGCGAUCAAAUUGCAGAUCGUCUGGAAAGACGAAUCAGAGUUGCAGCAUAUAAAGCGCAGGAUAUUCUCGAAUCCCAAAUCAUAGAGCAGAUCGACGCAAAAUCAGGGUUUACUACCAAAAAUAGAUGCGAGGAAGACGACGAGUUGCAGAAAGUGGGGCAAGAAGUGGAUUCAAUUGCAGAAGAUGUGAAAGCAAUAAAAGAAAGCCAGGCGCGAGAAGAUCUGCACGCAGACUACGUUUCUUCGGAACAAAAGCUCGAAACAGGAAAAAACACAAUGGUGGGAUUUGAAGAUUACCUGAACGCAGUUCGAGCAGAGGUCUGUGGUGAAUCGACCCAACUCCAAGGCAUAUCCAUUGCAGGUAUCACAAAAAUAGAUGAAUUGCCUGAAGAGGAGAAUGACACCAUGGGAGACAGUGAAGAAAAAGAUGAAAAUGAAGUCGAAACAGAGGAAACAUUCGCUUUGUACGAGCAAUUAAAAAAGAUGUUAGAAACAGGAGACGAUAAGCUGAAGAAGGAAGUGGAAGAAAUGGAGAAGCGACUAAGGAAAAAAGCUGAAAUCGAGAAGAAGCGGCGAAGGCGGAGAGAAGAGUUGGAGAAGAAGAGGAGGAGAAAGGAAACAGCAUUGAAGGUUCAGAUAUACAAGUAUUUGACAGGCCAGAAAUUCUUCGUUGUAAUAGACGAUGUUUGGAACAAAAAAGUUUGGGAUGAUUUGAAGCAUAUAUUCCCUUCGGAGAACACCGGCAGUCGGAUACUUUUAACCACUCGGUUAAAAAAUGUCGCGGAGUACCCUGAUAUUCCUAACUUUCUUCACGAAAUGCAUUCCCUAAGCCCGGAGUCGAGUUGGGAUUUGCUUCGAAGGAAGGUGUUUGGAGAAGGAGACUGUCCUCUUGAACUGGUUAAUACCGGCAGGUCUAUUGCGAGUAGAUGUGGAGGACUUCCGCUUGCGCUUGUUGUUAUUGCCGGAAUUCUUUCUGGUGAUACGACGCCAGGAAACUGGGAAAAGAUUGCGAGGAAUGUGGACUCUGUUUUGAGUAAAGAUGACGAACGUGUAUUGGACAUAUUAUCCUUGAGUUAUAAUCACUUGCCUUCUCGAUUAAAGGCGUGCUUUCUACUCAUGGGAAGCUUCCCGGAAGAUUAUGAAAUCAGUAUCCCAAAGCUCAUCAGGUUGUGGAUAGCCGAGGGGUUCUUGAAAUCUGCUAACGGCGCUAAAAGCUUGGAGAAAGUCGGGGAGGAAUAUUUAGACGAUCUUGUGAAAAGAAGUCUUGUGAUGGUCAUGAAGAGGAGCGCCAAUGGCCAAUUCAAGACUUGUGUGUUACACGAUCGGUUGAGAGAUUUAUGCCAACAGAAAGGAGCCUCCGAGUGUUUCUUUCACGACAAAGACCGGACUAAUUCAAGUGGAGUUGAGAAAGCACGUCGCGUCAUUCUAGAUCCGCAUUCUCCUAUUAUGCCGUGGGAACAUGAUGACGGCAGAUAUGUCCGGUCAGUUUGCUGGUUUUGCAAAACAACCGAUUCGAAUGUUCAUGGUUUGGAUUGGAGCAGAGUUAAGCUGUUGAGAAUCCUCGAUGUAGCUGAUAUAGAAACUCCGGUCGCCCCGCUUACAGUUUCGUGGAUGCUUCAUCUCAAGUACCUCGCGCUGCGACUCGCCACCCGGAAAAAGAGAAGCCUCCCUCCAUCAAUAUCGAAAUUUCAGAAUCUUCAAACCAUAAAUAUUCACGCCCCACAAUCCGCGUCGGUCUCGUUGCCAUCUGAAAUCUGGACGAUGACGCAACUAAGGCACGUUAUAAUCGACAGAGUCACCUUACCGCCUGCCCCUUCACGCGGCGAUAUCCCUCUCCAAAAACUCGAACACCUCCAGACACUGGAGACUGUUGAAAAUUUCGAAUUCACCAACGAAGCAACACGGAUGAUUCCCAACAUCAGAAAAUUAAAAUUAAGUUGCCGGGGUGCAGAAGCCAGUGGCAUAUGGAAACAGUACUGCCUCGAAAAUCUAGUCAGUCUUCUCCGACUUGAGAAGCUGAAUAUUGUAUUCGAUGCAGCGCAUUCUUCGUACAUUGAUUCCUUCCAGAGCAGUUUUGUGUUUCCUCAGAAUCUUACAAAGCUGUCUCUACAAGGUUGUCGACUUCCAUGGGAGGAGCUGACCACAGUUGGUUCGCUUAAGCUUCUAGAAGUUCUUCGGCUGAGAAAGGACGCGCUGGUGGGAGAAGAGUGGGAACCUAAAGACGAUCAGUUCCUUAAGCUCAGGUUCCUUCUCAUGGAAAGCUUAGAUCUCGUGCAAUGGAAAGCAGAUCGCGACCAUUUUCCUCGACUCGAACACCUCAGAAUCAUGGAGUGCAGUGAGCUGGAGGAGAUCCCUCUGAACUUUGGGGAUAUUCCAACUCUUAAGUCAAUAAAAGUGCAGUUCAGCCAGCGAGCGGGGAAUUCAGCCAUCGAAAUUCUGAAUGAUCAACGGAGUUACGAUAACAACAAGCUUCAAGUCGACGUUCGCGAUUGAAGUUCGGAUGCUGCAGCUACUGCAAAAUUAAUUUGGAGUUUAUUGGGAUGACUAGUGUUGGAAGAGAAUUAAGAGCAAUAUGUGAUUUCUUCUUCCAACUUCUAUGGACGAUCUUCAUCAUCUUGAAUGUUUUCUUGUAUUGUUAUCUUCACGUAGUUAUUUGUUGUAAGUCUGUUAGACAAUGUAAAUGACCGUCUCAUCUAAAAAAUUAAGCAGUUAGUACGCAUCAUUUACUUAGUAUGCAA